AUAACUUUGGAGAUCUUCACCAAACUUGAGCAGAAAUGGCUAUCACACUGUGAAACCACCAAGAAGGUUCGGAUCCUCAGCAUUGACGGUGGUGGAACCACCAGCAUUGUCUCCGGUGCCUCUCUUAUACACCUUGAAGAUCAGAUCCGCCUCAAAACCAGUGAUCCUCAUGCUAAAAUUGCCGAUUUCUUUGACAUGAUAGCCGGCACUGGCGUCGGUGCUAUUCUUGCCGCCAUGAUCUCAGCCGACGAUGGAACUGGCCACCCGCUUUUCACUGCCACAGAAGCUGUCAAGUUUAUCACUCAGAAUAACUCCAAGCUCUUCAAAGUUAAUAAGCUCGCCGGAGCUCUUCACCGUCAGAAGAGAUUCUCCAGUAAAAGCAUGGAUAAGGUACUCAAGGAAAUGUUCAAGAGAGAAGACGGAACGGUUUUGACACUGAAGGACACGUGUAAGCCUCUCCUGGUUCCUUGCUAUGACCUCAAGAGUUCCGCUCCUUUUGUUUUCUCUCGUGCUGACGCUUCCGAAUCACCAAGCUUCAACUUCGAUCUUUGGAAAGUAUGUCGCGCCACGUCCGCCACUCCAAGCCUCUUCAAACCUUUUCCACUGAUAUCUGUCGAUGGCAAGACCUCGUGCACCGCCGUGGACGGCGGUUUGGUCAUGAACAACCCUACCGCAGCUGCAAUAACGCACGUGCUCCAUAACAAGAGAGAUUUCCCGUCGGUCAACGGCGUGGAGAAUCUGCUGGUUUUGUCGUUAGGCAACGGUCCAACGGGCGGAUGGUCAAAGGUUCGUAAUAAUGGCGACUGCUCAACUUCUUCAGUCGUUGACAUUGUGCUCGACGGAGUCUCGGAGACCGUGGACCAGAUGUUGGGGAACGCUUUCUCUUGGAACCGUGCAGACUACGUUAGAAUUCAGGCAAACGGACUGGGGAGUGAAAGGAUGGAGGAGGUACUGAAUGAAAGAGCAGUGGAGUCGUUACCAUUUGGCGGGAAGCGGUUACUGACGGAAACUAACGGGCAGAGAAUUGAGGGCUUUGUGCAGCGCCUUGUUGCCUCCGGAAAAACAAGUCUUCCUCCAAGUCCCUGCAAGGAGUCAGCCGUUAGUCCGCUUGCCAACAGCCGUUAAACAACUUUCAUUUUUAUUUUUAAAUCUCACUCUUUUAAUCCGUUGUAAGU